CGCAUAAAUUGCUGCUUUAGCAACAACACAGAAAGUGGGGUCUGUUUUGUGACUAACUUGUCAAAUUGAAUUAAAGCCAGAAGUGAAAAUUGCUCGAAAGCAACUUCUUCUGUUACUACUAUCCUUCUGCUGUACUCAAAAAAAAAAAAAAGCUAAUUCAGUAGGCUUUAGGGUGAAGCAGCAAAAGAACAGUAACAGUUAUGUCAGCUUAUACAGUAUACAAAGAGUUAUUCCCGCCGCAAACUGUUGAGCAUGUUGAGACUGGUUAUUUUACGUCGUCUGACACGAUCAAUUUGAUAGUAGCCAAAGCUUCUUUGUUACAGAUUUACGAAUUUGUUGAAUAUACCACUUCUACUUCAACUGAAAAGCCUGGUGUGUAUGGAUCAGCAGCAUUAGGAAAUGCAGUGAAAGAGGAAGAAGAUAUGGAUAUGGAUCGCGAUUUGUCUACAGAUCGUUUGAAUGAAGAGGAAGACAAGUCGCUUAUCUUUCCGAAAUUGAAACCAUCGACUUUGGAAGAAAAAACGUUGGGUCGAUUAGAAUUAGUAGCCCAAUAUAAAUUGAAUGGUACAAUAGCUACUAUGGGCGUUGUAAGGACUCAUUCACCACGAGGAAAAGAUGGUUGUGAUAGUUUGUUGUUAGGCUUUCAAGAUGCAAAAAUGUCUCUUUUAGAAUGGUCACCGUCCACCAAUUCAAUCGUCACAGUAUCUAUUCAUUAUUACGAACGCGACGAUUACAAAAAAGAGUUCUUAACCAACCCAUACCCACCCAACAUUCAUAUUGACCCACAACAAAGAUGCGCUGUAUUGAAUUUCUUCGAUAAUAAACUAGCUGUUCUACCUUUUCGACAGCAAGAAGGAGAUGAUCGUAUAGAGAACGGUGCUGAUGAGGAGGAAGCACAGAAAUGGCCCUAUUUACCCAGCUUCAUAAUUGACCUGAAAGCAAUUGAUUCACGUAUACAGAAUAUCAUUGACAUGGUAUUUUUAGCCGAUUAUUAUGAGCCGACAUUAGCUAUUCUAUUUCAAACCGAACAAACAUGGACUGGACGACUCGCUAAUGUUAAAGAUACAGUUUCUGUCGUUGUCAUUUCUCUCGACCUAACCGCAAAAAUUUACCCUAUAAUUUAUUCGAUUGACAAACUUCCCUAUGACUGCAUCAAACUCGUAGCAUUACCUAAACCUGUCACCGGUGUACUUGUCAUUGCUGCAAAUUCUCUUCUACAUGUAUCACAAGGUUCACCCGGUUUAGGUGUAGCGGUCAAUGGCUAUACACAGAAGCUGACACAAUUCCCUGGUAUGAUCUACGAUCCUCAACUGACUCGACUAGGACUUGCUCUCGAUGGUGCUCAAGCUUUGGCAUUUGACGGGGGUAAAUGUGUUUUGUUUUUGCAAGAUGGGCAUUAUGUGACAGUACAGAUGAAAAUGGAUGGUAAUAAAGUUGUUGGCAUGCAUAUUCAAGAACAACAUGAGCAGCAACCAUUAUUAGUGUCCGUACCAUCUUGCGUGGCUACCGUUAAAUCGAAUGAGUAUAUCUUUUUGGGAAGCCGUGUAGGAGACUCGUUACUACUGAAAUAUAAUAGCCAGCAAGCUUCAGAUCAACUUUCUUCUUCGCAAUUUGAGAUAUGUGAUCAUUUGUUAAAUACUGGGCCCAUUGUUGAUAUGGCAAUUGGUGAUGUGGAAAAUAUAGAUAAAAUCAAAGAAAACGAAGAGGAAGGUGAAGAUGACACUAUCGAAGAGAAACGGCAAAAGGCAGACAUACGAUCCAACAGCACGAAGGACGAUAUAGAUGCAGAUAAAGAAAACGUUAACAGCAAAAAUGACAAGAAAAAGAACCAGAAAAAGAGAACUUCGACUGUGGCAGACUUGGAACUUGUUACCUGUUCAGGACGUGGAAAGGAUGGCGCUUUAUGUGUGUUUCAAAGACACAUUCAUCCCGAAAUUUCAUUUUCAUUCAAACAAGCAGAUAGCCAGGCUAUCUGGUCCAUCAAAUGCAAAAAACAAAUGAACAGCACAAUAAAUGAUACUGCCACCACAGUUUCUACUAGCAAUAACACCGGUCUGGUUAACGAUGAUAACAGCAACAUUUAUGAUAAACUUUUAUUUAUUAGUAAAAUCAAAAACACGCUGGUUUUAUCAGCUGGCGAUGAAUUGCAAGAACUCGUAGGCACGGGAUUUUAUACACGCGGCCCCACCAUUGCUGUCGAUACUAUUUUCAACAUGACUCGUAUUGUGCAAGUGUAUGCAACUGGGGUUAUGGUGUUAACUCCAGAAGGAAAACGACUCAAAACAAUCCCUGUACGUGGACCUAAAAUUGUCGAUGCCAGUAUACAAGAUCCCUAUAUUUUAUUGAAGUUGGAUAAUCAUAAAAUUCUCAUUUUGAAGGGGGAAGAUUCCAUGAAUGCUACUACUGGUACUAGUAGUUCCAAUGACGCUAGUGGUAGCGGCUCAAUUAAUAACAAUGAUAUAGCAUCUAUGUCAAUUCCUUCUCAUAUUAAUAAAAUGGGUUCUUCCAUUUUGCUUGCCAGUAUAUUUGCAGAUUCAACGGGUGUAUUUUCAAGUGUGUCGGAAAGAUCAGCAGCCGAAAAGAAAGCGAAAGCAGUCAAAUUAGCAGCAUCCAAGCAGCAGCAACAACAAUCAAAGAAACGAAAAGCAGCAGACGAAGAAACCAAGGGCCAGUUAGCCAAGAAAUUACAUACAGGUGCACCUACAGAAUUUGACGAAGUAGAUAUGGAUCUAUACGGUGAAGACAUGGAUAAUGAGAUUAAAGUGUCCAACAAUAGUCAUAAGCCCCUGCAGGCAACUCUGAACUUAAUUGAUGGAGCUGAUAUAGAUGAUGACGAUGAGCUACUCUAUGGCGGUCAAAAAACGGAUGACGGCAAGAAAAAAGAAACAGUACAAGAUGCAAUGGUAGAUUCACUUCACGGACAACAGCAAAAUAGCAUGAAACUCGAAUCUUCAGUCUCAACGCCAGCUUUAAAAGAAGAAUCGGACGAAAUGAUUGAUGAAGCCAAUGUCAGUCUUCACCAAGGCAGCAGUGACAUUAUGCAAAUCACACGUGUCACUUAUUGGUGCUUGCUGUACACGACAGACGGCGUUUUGCAUAUUUAUAGUUUACCUGACUUUAAAGAAUGCUUUGUCUGUGCUCAACUCGAUAAUACACCAGAACUUAUUACUGAUAGCUAUCAUACGGCUAACAAUGCCAACAGUAACAGCAACAAUAAUUUCGCAGACAAACGCAAUAAUACAGCACCUAGUAUUCUAUCACUGGAAAGUAGCAAUACAAAUCAAAUUCAAGAAAUAUUAAUGACUCAUAUCGGACGAGAACGGAAAUAUCCUCAUUUAGUUGUACGUACGGAGUCCAACGAUAUCAUUAUAUACAAAGCGUUCAACUUUAUACCAUCAACAUCCCCACAGGGUGAACAACAGCAGCAGCAUCAGCAGCAGCAUAGGUUAGCGCUUCGAUUUUCUCGAGUACAUCAUGAAUAUGUAUCUCGAAAAGCCAAAAAAUCGAAGGGCGAUUCACAAAAAGAAAAGAACAAAAAGAUCAUUAUUGAUGAAUUUGAAAUUCCUGACGUGGACUUGGAAGAGCAAGAAGAAGAUACUUUGGUAGACGAUUCCACUACAUCCAAGUCAACAGCUGCUUCUACUACAAAGAAACUCCUUUUCCCUUUCAAAGAUGUAGCAGGAUUUACAGGUGUGUUUGUGGCCGGUACGCAACCUGCAUGGCUUAUUAACUCAUGUAAGAGUUUUGUUCGUGUGCAUCCUAUGAAGCGUCAUCACCAGCAGCAAACAGAGGAGGUGAUAGGGUUCACACAGUUUCAUAAUGUAAACUGUAAACACGGUUUUAUUACCCUGGAUGCCAAAGCCACAAUUCGAUUAUCAAGACUACGCACUGCUGACAACAAAAACGGCAAUGACAAUGUUGAGAAAAAUAAUAGCAGCCAAAUGGUGUACGAUCUUGACUGGGUAAUGCAAAAGUUUCCACUUGGAAAGAGUGUUCAUAAGAUUGUUUAUCAUCCUGUAAUGAAGGUGUAUGCGGUGUUGGUAUCUUCGCCACAACCUGUAUGUGUGACAACUACAGAAGAAGGUGGUGGUGGACAAGAAGGCGUCGAAGUAGCGAAUACACCUACAGCAGCAACAAACGAUUCCUCUUCGCAACAAUACCAACAACCACCACCGCAAAAUAAUCAAAAUGAAAGGGAAAAACUCGGUGAAUUCCUACCGCAAGUAGAACGUUAUUCUAUGAUCAUGAUAUCCCCAGUAACAUGGGAAAUUGUUGACACUGUUGAGUUUGAAGAGUUUGAGCAGUGUAUUUCAUUAGACUGUGCACUAUUAGAGUCAAAACAGACAAGCUCGGGAAGGAAGAAUUUUAUUGUAGUAGGAACUGGUUAUUUGAAGGGCGAAGACACCACUAUGCGAGGAUCGAUACAUAUUUAUGAUAUAAUUGAAGUCGUUCCUGAACCAAAUAAUCCACAAACAAAUCACAAAUUCAAACAUCUAUAUACCGAAGAUGUGAAGGGUGCAGUGACAGCAAUGUGUAACGUUAGUGGACAUUUAGCAGCUUGUAUUGGGUCCAAGGUCAUUGUUUAUAGUUUGGAAGAUGAUGAAAGCUUAGUUGGCGUCGCGUUUAUUGAUGUACAGAUUUAUGUCACCAGUAUGAGUUCUAUAAAGAAUUUUAUUCUAAUCGGUGACGUGCAGAAAUCUAUAUGGUUCUUGGGUUUCCAGAUUGAGCCAGCAAAAUUGACGUUAUUGGGAAAAGAUUAUCAAUCUUUUGAAGUCUGUUGUGUAGACUAUAUUAUUGAUGAUAAGUCACUUUAUCUUGUUGUCGGCGAUGAUAAUGAAAACGUAGAUUUGUACCAAUAUGCUCCUUUCAAUUUGCAAUCCUUUGGUGGUCAGAAAUUGAUGCGUCGUGGUGACUUUCAUGUAGGCUCACAGGUGCAAACAAUGGUACGUCUACCACAAAUUGAGUAUAUAGAUGAUGAUGAAGAUGGAGACAAGGACAAUAAUAAAGGUGGCGGUGACACCUGCAGUAGUGUUACUCCGCAAUACAGUCGAAGGCAUUUCUGUAUAUGCGGCAGUCUUAGUGGCUCUUUGUCUGUCAUAACCCCAAUCACAGAAAAGACAUUCAAGCGUUUAAGCACUAUGUAUGGGCAACUUGUCAACAAUGUACAGCAUGUAGCUGGCCUAAAUCCUAGAGCGUAUCGAUUGAUCAAAGGACCUAAACAAAGAAUGUCCUCCAACCGUACCAAAGCAGUGCUAGAUGGUGAUUUGAUAUUCACUUUCGCAGGUUUGUCAAUGGAUAAUCAAAAGGAAUUAACGAAACAAAUAGGUACUACAGUGCCUCGUAUUAUGGAAGACUUGGUAGAUAUUGAAUCAAGCAUUGACCACUUUUAGAUAAACAAACUUCAUUCCUGCUAUCAUAUGAAGUAAACACACUCUUCUUCCUUUUGCAAAUAAUCAAAUAGUUUGUGAAUAGAUUCAAAUAAAACUGCUCAAUCCCUCAACUACCCUCUCUGAACAAGUGAUGCGCUUAUAUGAAAUUUUUCUAUAAAACAUGAGUCAUGAAGCAACA